AUAUAAGCAUAAUUUACUGUAGAAUUUCAUGCAAAAUAUUUCCGAUUAAAAAAUAAACUUCAGAAUAUCUUUUUAAACUUAACAAGAUGAAAGCUUUCGUUUUUUUCUUCACAUUGGCUGUUGCUGUUGCAGUAUGCCAAGCUGAAAAACAGAAAUGUGAUGAAAGCAAAGGUGAAGAGUUUGGCACCUGUUACUCAGCUUGUCCUAAGACUUGUUCCAACUACAAAGAUGAAUUUCGUGCCUGUACCAUGCAAUGCGUCAAAGAAUGUGGAUGUCCGAGUGGAACAGUUCGAAGAGAAUCUGAUCAACAUUGUGUUAAACCUGAAGAAUGCUAACGUUUGCAUAUUCUGAUGCUUUUCAAUAAAACUUUUCUGUGUUUAGUUUCA